ACCUGUUUAUGCCUUUAUAUCAUCCCUGGUCGGUCCCUACAGUGAUACGUACUGCAGAAGUAUGUCACACUGCAGUGUAACGGCACACUACUCCACCGGUAUUCCACUGGAAUAUAUGCUUGCCAGCGCUACGACCAACCCAUAUCCCUGUCUCUGCUAUUUUACAUCUGUAGAAACUUCUACAUAUCGAGAGUUGUGCAGUUCUGCGUCGGAGAGACGUCAAGAGAGCACCAAGGCCAGGUUUUAUAUGCUUUGGACGUGAAUCUUAUUUGCGAAUUAUUUCCUCCUUGGUUUCGUAUUACAGAGGGAGUGAGUGGAGCAGCGCGAGUAUCGCUAUGUAAACCAACUGCAUCAUGACAUGUUUUACCGAUGUUUCGCAAAGAAAUCUAAAGGAAAAACGCGAACGAAUAGCCUUCAGCUGACAUUUGUUAGUAUGUGGAAUAAUUUGUAACUAACUGAAUCGUCCGAAAACAAAGCCGAGAUAGCGGAAAGGAUACGGUAUCUGUCGUUAGUUUACGCGGAGGGAACUGACCGGGAGAGUAAGGCUAUUGCAUUAUUAUCACCACAGCUGCUGAACAGAGGAGCAUAAGUGAACGAAUACUACGGCUGCUAGAGGCUGUUCCCACACUGUCUAUCUCCACUGUCACUCAACAUCAACCAGCGAAUCAACGUCCUCGCUGAGACUCUAUCGGAGCCAUGGGUGAGGCUAAGGUCCUGAUGUUGCUUCUUCUGAUUGGUUGGGAGAAGUCGUUGAGUCUCAACUGGAACCCAAUACCACGCAAGACCGUCAGAUAUCAUGAGGUACUGGACAGCAUGGCCAGGUUCCGGGCUCUAGGUGUGUGGAACUACACCAUGGUGACUCUAGCAGAACACGAGAGGGUUCUGUAUGUAGGAGCUAGAGAGGCCCUGUUCGCCCUGGACCCUAACGACAUCAGCAGACAGCUACGACCUCUGAUUGAGUGGCCAGCACCACAGGAGAAGAAGAGAGAGUGUUCUGCCAAGGGCAAGAACAACCAGACAGAGUGCUUCAACUACAUCCGCUUCCUGCAGAGCUACAACCACACCCACCUCUACACCUGUGGAACCUUUGCCUUCCAGCCCAAGUGCACCUACAUCAAUGCUGACCACUUCAGUCUCAACCCUGGCUCCCUGGAGGAUGGGAAGGGCAAGUGUCCCUACGACCCUGCCAAAGGCCACACAGGCCUCAUAGUGGACAAGGAGCUGUACUCUGCCACACUGAAUAACUUCCUGGGUACUGAGCCUGUGAUCCUGAGGAACCUGGGACAGCAACACUACAGCAUGAAGAGUGAAUACCUGCCGGCCUGGCUCAACGAGCCUGACUUUGUGGGCUCAGCCCUGGUGAGGGAGAGCAGUGGCAGUAAGGAAGGUGACGAUGACAAGAUCUACUUCUUCUUCAGUGAGAGAGCUGUAGAGCUGGACUGUGACACAGAGCUCACUGUGGCCAGGGUGGCCCGUGUCUGCAAGGGUGAUCUGGGGGGCACCAGGACCCUGCAGAAGAAGUGGACCACCUUCCAGAAGGCCAGGCUGGUGUGUUCUCUCCCUGAACGCCACGUCACCUUCAACAACCUGCGGGAAGUCUUCACCCUGCCAGGCAUCGACUGGCGCACCACCACCUUCUAUGGCAUCUUCCACGCCCAGUGGGGUGAUGUGGAUGUGUCAGCGGUGUGUCAGUACCAGAUAGGGGAGGUGAAGAAGGUGUUUGACGGCCCGUAUAAGGAGUACAGAGAGGGUUCCCAGAGAUGGGGACGAUACACUGGCACUGUCCCCAGCCCACGGCCCGGAGCGUGCAUUACAAGCUGGCAUAGGGAGAACGGCUACAACAGCUCUCUUCAGUUGCCAGACGCCACUCUCAACUUUGCCAAGAAGCACCCUCUGAUGGAGGAGAAGGCUCAGGCUCGCCCCCUACUGCUCACCAAGGGCAUCAACUUCACCCGCUUGGCAGUGGACCGGGUCAGCUCCCUGGACCAGCGUGCAUACAACAUGCUGUUCAUUGGCACAGCAGACGGCUGGUUACAGAGGGUAGUGAUCUUUGGCUCGGAGGCCCAUGUGAUUGAAGAGAUACAGCUGUUUGAUUCUCCACAGCCAGUGGACAGCCUGACCAUCUCUCACACCAAGAAGUACUUGUACAUUGGCUCACGUUCAGAAGUGCUCCAGCUGCCCUUGGCUAACUGCAGCCGUUAUCAGUCGCAGCCAGACUGCCUUCUGUCCCGGGACCCCUACUGCGCCUGGGACAGCGAGGGCCGCGCCUGUGUCCGCAUCGACCUCCACCGCGGGUCUACCUCCUCCCUAUCCCAAGAUCUGAUGCUGGAGAGAUUCAGUAGGGGCAAAGCCAAAUUUGACAAGCCUGUGGCCAUCCCCAGCCCUGACAACUCUCGGCUGAGGAAUGUGACAGUAGUGGUAGAAUCAGACAUGGUUUUGCCCUGCCAGCUGGUGUCCAACCUGGCCCAGCCCUCCUGGGUCCUCAACGACCGCGAGCUGCAGCUAGGAGACGAGGAGACCGGAGGGCCACGCUUCGACCAGGCCCUGAAGGCUCUGGUGGUCCCCAACGCCAUGCCAGUGCACGCGGGACGCUACGUGUGCUACUCCGAGGAGCAGGGGGUCAAGUUUCAGAUGGAGCGUUACCAGGUGUCGGUGGUGGCCAGCUCCCCUGUGGUCAUGGCGGCCCGGGCCCCUGACGGCAGCAUGGGUCUGUUCUGGGUGUUGGUGAUCACCCUGGGGGCCGCCUGUUUAUUGCUAUUGGUGGCAGCUCUGUAUCUGAGGAGACGUCUGAAGCUGGCCCUAGGUAAAGGGGCGGACAUGAAGCCUCUGGAGAGCACCCUGGUCUACCCCAUAACCCUGCCCAAGGAGCCACCCACCUUCGUGCCCAGCAAAAUGCCCAGCGACGAGGACCGCUUCUGGGAGACGGGCGCCAAUUACUACUACUCAGACGGCUCGCUGAAGAUCGUUCCGGGCCACGCCCUGUGCCCCAGCAGCCAGUCUCACCACCACGCUCCAACAGCGUCUCCCAGCACCAUCCCCGGCCAGCCCAUCCAUUCCCCCAGCCGGCUCAGCCUUACCAACAUCAGGGGUUCCGGCAGCAACGGCUACAUCCGCCUCAACCUGAGCUCGGCCGGGGAGGAGAGGGUUAGCGGGGGUGGUUCUGGUGGAGGAGGGCUGGGCGGGGGCGGGAACGACUACUCCAGCCCCUUCAAGGACGAGCUGCGUCGGACCCUGCAGCAGAGGAGCGUGCUGCCUGAUGCCAACCCUGAAGAGUCGUCUGUGUAGUCUUUCUCCACGCCUGCCGUAAUGAAAAAACAAAACAAGAGACAACGAACGGCAACUAACCUACCUCCCUCCUCUCUCUCUCUUUCUCGGCUCCACUGUCACCAUGCUCUUUCUCUCUCUCUCUUUCUGCCAAUGCUCGUUUGGCUGACUCUGUGACUGGCAGAAGACGCUUUUAGCACAGAGCAUGUGAUGUGACACACACGCCGAAUAUUCUUCAGCAUCCGCUCCUGUUAUUAUUGUGUUCCAUCCACUCCUGUUAUUAUUGUGUUCCAUCCGCUCCUGUUAUUAUUGUGUUUCAUCCGCUCCUGUUAUCAUUGUGUUCCAUCCGCUCCUGUUAUUAUUGUGUUUCAUCCGCUCCUGUUAUCAUUGUGUUCCAUCCGCUCCUGUUAUUAUUGUGUUCCAUCCGCUCCUGUUAUUAUUGUGUUCCAUCCGCUCCUAUUAUUAUUGUGUUCCAUCCACUCCUGUUAUUAUUGUGUUCCAUCCGCUCCUAUUAUUAUUGUGUUCCAUCCACUCCUGUUAUUAUUGUGUUCCAUCCGCUCCUAUUAUUAUUGUGUUCCAUCCACUCCUGUUAUUAUUGUGUUCCAUCCGCUCCUAUUAUUAUUGUGUUCCAUCCACUCCUGUUAUUAUUGUGUUCCAUCCGCUCCUAUUAUUAUUGUGUUCCAUCCACUCCUGUUAUUAUUGUGUUCCAUCCGCUCCUAUUAUUAUUGUGUUCCAUCCGCUGCUGUUAUUAUUGUGUUCCAUCCGCUCCUGUUAUUAUUGUGUUUUAUCCGCUCCUGUUAUUAUUGUGUUCCAUCCGCUCAUGUUAUUAUUGUGUUCCAUCCGCUCCUGUUAUUAUUGGGUUCCAUCCGCUCCUGUUAUUAUUGUGUUCCAUCCACUCCUGUUAUUAUUGGGUUCCAUCCGCUCCUGUUAUUAUUGUGUUAUUAUUGUGUUCCAUCCGUUCCUGUUAUUAUUGUGUUCCAUCCGUUCCUGUUAUUAUUGUGUUCCAUCCGUUCCUGUUAUUAUUGUGUUCCAUACGCCAAACUGGCUGUCACAUUUGAACUUCUUCAGCAGUUUAACUUGCUUUCGCUGUGCAAAUCUCAAGCUGUGUAAAUUCUGUAUUUAAAGACAAUUGAACGCAGAGGGCCUACACCUCAAGCAUGGCAGUCAAACAAAUGGAAAGGUUUCCUGAGAGCACUGCUUCAUGAUAAGAGAGGACCAAGAACUCAUGACAGGAUUGUAGCUUCAGCGCUAUACCAAUCAUCCAAUAAUCAAGCAGUACGAGUCGACUGACUGAAAGAUGGAGGAGCUGGCUUGCCUUUUUUCUGUUCUGUCGGAGAAUUUUUCGCUUUCUACACUUAACAUGGGAGUAUGGGAGUCGAUUUUGUAUUUGUGAGCAAAGAGAGUGAGAGAGUCACAUAAAAGACUAAUUAAUCUCAAAAGCAAGACGACAAUCACAUUCCUCUCUCCGGGGGUAAAACCUGGGAAGGAAAGGGAGGGAUGAAGAGAGAGAAAAUGAAGGGAGCUUUGCGUGAAAGACACAGAGGGUUUACAUGAAGGACAAACUCUCAAUUAGACUUUCUCGGCUCGAUUUGUACUUUUCUUUUUUACCUUGUCAGUCUUUCCUCUGAGAAAGUCUUCAAUCCCUGCCACAUUGAUAUAUUGUGACAAUUUAAAUUAAGACAUUUUUAUGUGUUGUUUUUCUAUGUCUUACGGACUACAGAAGCAACAAAUGGAGACCAAUGGCUUUAAAGCACCCCUCUGUGAAUGAGAAUGUGAGAGAAGCAUGUACAAACCUCUCCUAUCCCUGCUCAAGGUAGAUAUCUCCCCAAAUAACCUCCCCACUAGUAAAUAGAUUUUAGUACUACUUUUACAAUAACUGCACUACACAUUUACACAAGUGGUUCAUGGGAAUUUCAGUUAAACCCAUUUAGAUACACUUCCUUGUGAUGUGAUUAUGGACAUUUUUGUUUGACAUAAUCCCACAACAGAACCUACAACAGCACAUUCACUUAUUAUUCUGAAUUUGAGAUGAGAUGAAGGCAUUGCUUUCAGUCAUGUAGUGGGGAUGACACGGGGGAAUGUAGGUCAACUCUCACUAAACUGUUGCGACUGCAGUGGAUGUCUCAACAAGUGCUUUAUAAUAUGUAUGUGUAAGGGCGGGGGUGGUGGAUGGGUUAAACCGCCAAUAGAAGCCCUCCCUCCCCUGCACUGCCCUGAAUGCCUAACCUGGUGGAUGUAGUAGUGUGUCCUGGAGGGGACAGGCCACAGCACUGUACCUGUCCUAGACACACCCUUUAUUAACCCCUUAUUUCCCUAAACCCCACCCACCUACCUACCUACCUACCGAUGUCCAGAGAAUGACCUGGCGCUACUGUGGAAAGCCUGAAUUCAGAGAGAAGGAUGGACACUGAACUGUAAACCCACACUGCCUGUGCUGUUAGAGGGACAAGCAGACAACAGAUGGAAGAUAGAUGAAUGGCCUGUGACAAACCAACGGCUCCAGAGAGCGAUCAGAGGCUCAUCAAUCAGAGGGGUGGCUUUGUGACAUCUGCAGGGACCAGAGAAGGAACAAGAGGAGUACGAUGUUUCUUUCUUUCUCACCAAAAUGUAUACUAGAGACAGCUGAAGGGGAUGUAGAAUAUUGUAAUGAUCCCUGGGUUGAAGAGGUACUUACUUGGCCAUCAGUGGUUAGUUCAUCCUAGUGUUGCAUGAUCCUCUCUGCAAAUGUACUGUACACAUCUCUGAUGACAUGAUCAUAAUUGUAAAAGAUGUGUAUCAUGUUUCACACUUUUGCAGACACUAAUGUUUUCUAAUAAAAAAAAGUUGAAUUUAUGAUUAAGAGUUGUUAAGGACUUGUUCAUGAAUUUAUGAUUAAGAGUUGUUAAGGACUUGUUCAUGAAUUUAUGAUUAAGAGUUGUUAAGAACUUGUUCAUGAAUUUAUGAUUAAGAGUUGUUAAGGACUUGUUCAUGAAUUUAUGAUUAAGAGUUGUUAAGGACUUGUUCAUGAAUUUAUGAUUAAGAGUUGUUAAGCACUUGUUCAUGAAUUUAUGAUUAAGAGUUGUGUAGGACUUGUUCAUGAAUUUAUGAUUAAGAGUUGUUAAGAACUUGUUCAUGAUUUAUGAUUAACAAGUUGUUAAGAACUUGUUCAUGAAUUUAUGAUUAAGAGUUGUUAAGAACUUGUUCAUGAUUUAUGAUUAACAAGUUGUUAAGAACUUGUUCAUGAUUUAUGAUUAACAAGUUGUUAAGAACUUGUUCAUUAAUUUAUGAUUAAGAGUUGUUAAGAACUUGUUCGUGAAUUUAUGAUUAAGAGUUGUUAAGAACUUGUUCAUGAUUUAUGAUUAACAAGUUGUUAAGGACUUGUUCAUGAAUUUGUCCAUCUUCUUAACAUGUUUACUUUCGCUGUGCCUCUUCACCUUCGGAUAAGCCAAAGUAGACUGCAGUUGUUUUUUUGAAAAGGUGUAUUAUUAGAUAUUAUUUUAUUAUUCCACUUCGAUAUUUAAGUUUCAACAGUCUGUCCAACUUCAGUUCAAAGAACUCUCAUGCCUGGAACUUUCCUGCAUAUUUUAUUUAGAGAUUAAUUUUCUUCAGAAGGCAACAAGCUUGUGGAUGGUCAACAUCCUGUUUAGAUGUCAGUAGUAAUCUACUGAAGCCGAUCCCUGACUUCCUAGCACAUGAGAAAGUAAACAAAUCAUCAGAGCGUCAUAGGACCAACCAAGCAAAGCAACUUCCUUUUAACCAAAUGAUAACUCGUGAUUUCAUGAUCUGAGGUUUGAUACAAAAACUUAAAUAUUUAUACAUCCAUUUAAUAUGUGUAGAUUGAAUAUGUUACCAAGCACUGGUUCAGACACUUUACAAUCUAUUAACAUUGCUGUGAAUUCAAGCUACAGGAGCUAUUAAGAUUGGUAUAGAUAUUUAACUGAUUUGUCUUAUAAUUAUGUAUUUUUUUAAAUCCUUAGACAUUAUGUCUGAUAUGUCAUAAAACUCUCUUAGAAGAAAAUGAUCCAUCAAACUCACAAAAGUGAUGUAAGGCACAAUCCCCCCCAAAAUCUGCAUGUGCAAUUCUGGAUCUAUAUAGCAAAAAGGCAGUAACUGCUCAUAGCGUGGAUCUGAGAAAAAAGGCUUUUAUUUACCUUGGUUUAUCAGUAACUUUAUGCAGUUACUACUAACAUGACCCCCAUUUUCUCCAAAACACAAUACAAUAGAGGCAGGAUACUUGUCCACAUGAUUAAGCAUGUAUUUAAUGUAGCAGAAAUGACAUUAACUCAUUUUGGACCAAAUGAGCAGUUACUGUCUUUUUGGAGAUUACACUCUGCCGGUCAUAAACAACACUUUCCACAAUCUUCUCAUCUAAGCCUUUUUAUUCUGUUGUUUUUCAUUAAUAUUAUUAUAUUACCAUUAUUAUGAUUAUUCAUUUCCUUUUUUGGCUUUAAGUUGCAAAAGUUCCUCUGGCAAACAACAAACAGUUCUCAAUCUUUUAAUGUUUAUGAAAGGAUGUUAAGUAAAUUAUUUCGCUUGUAAAAACAUGUCGAUAUUUAUUAUCAUUGUACAUAUGUCCUUAUUUUUUUAUAUGUGUAUAUAUACAUGAAUAAAAGUAGAAAUCUA